AUGGCCUCUGACUGCAGCAUGAGGACGAACGGCGGAGGCCCCGACGGCGGGAACAGUGCCAGUUGCUCGCCUUGCAACAUCAGCUACACCCUCCCCAUCAUCUCAUCCAACAAGCUCCCGGACCAACGCUUCGUCAGCCGUGGGGCCUACGGGACGGUGUCCUCUGCGCGUCACGCAGACUGGCGGAUCCCGGUGGCUGUCAAAUCCCUGCAGGGCAGCCUGUUAGAAAGUGAACGAGACAGUCUCUUAAAAGAAGCUGAAAUUUUACAUCAGGCAAGAUUCAGUUACAUUCUACCAAUUUUGGGAAUUUGCAAUGAACCUCAGUUUCUGGGUAUUGUGACAGAAUAUAUGCCUAAUGGAUCACUGAACCAACUUUUAUAUGAGAAAAACAUCUACCCCGACAUUGCUUGGUCACUCAGGUAUCGCAUUUUGUAUGAAAUUGCUUUGGGAGUAAAUUAUCUUCACAACCUGAGCCCUCCACUCAUGCACCAUGAUUUGAAGACCCAGAAUAUUUUACUUGACAGUGAGUUCCAUGUUAAGAUUGCAGAUUUUGGUUUAUCAAAGUGGCGCAUGGUGUCCAUGACACUUUCAAAAGGGGAUAAAUCAAUAUCUGAGGGAGGGACCAUCAUUUACAUACCACCUGAAUGUUAUGAUAGCAGCAAAACCCGUUCAAGUGUAAAGCAUGAUAUAUACAGUUAUGCCAUUAUUAUGUGGGAAGUGAUGUCAAGAAAAAAACCAUUUGAAGACGUUGUACAUUAUUUGCAAAUUAUGUUUACCAUGUCACAAGGGAAGCGUCCAGAUGUUGGGGAAGAGACUUUGCCCCUUGAUAUUCCUUACCGAGAAUUGAUGGUGUCUUUAAUGGAAUCUUCUUGGGCACCCAAUCCAGAGGAAAGACCAUCUUUUUCAAGGUGCUUAAUAGAUCUUGAAUCUGUGAUGAGGACCUUUGAAGAGAUACCUAUGCUUGAAGCAGUAAUAGAUUUAAAGAGGGCCAAAGCACACUAUGAGUGGAGUUGCGUUCAUUUGUCUAACAAGUUAUCCAGUGAUGAAUCAAUAUCUUUAAAUAUACCACUGAACACUAGUAUACAAGAGAGUUCCUGUUCAUCCCAAGAUGAUCAAUCUUAUCCGUCAAGUGUUCCCCAAAAUAUAUCAAAAAAGUGCAACCUCCUUUCAGAUGUUAAGGAUGAACCACACUCCCUGAUCAGUUAUGUUCCACAUUCCCAGAAUACUCAGUCUUGCAUAUCGCAACAAAGUUCUUCAUCUAACACAGAUAGUUCUAAUUCAUCAAAUUCCAUGCCAGGCUUGCUACAGAUAGCAGAAGCCAAUCCAGGCUUUAUAUUGAGGACUAUGCAGUCACAAGAUUUCGCUGUAGCUCAUAAUUGGAUCCAAACUAAAAGAGAGAAUAUUGUCCAUCAGAUGACCGACACUUGCAUUAACCAGUGUUUAGAUGCCCUUCUUGCCAGGGAUUUAAUCAUGAAAGAGGAUUAUGAACUUGUUAACACCAAACCUACAAGGACCUCAAGAGUCAGGCAACUGCUUGAUACUACUGACAGUCAAGGAGAAGAUGUCGCUAGAAUCAUAGUGCAAAAACUGAAAGAUAACAAACAGAUGGGACUUCAGCCUUACCCAAAUAUACCUCCUGUAUCCAGGACCACUUCUUUGCAUCUAUAAAUGUCAGGACUUGCAAUCUGGAUUUCUAUUUCUGAAGUACCUCUUUAUGUUUCUGAUGCAUGGUGCCAUACUGAGGGUCUUAGUUUGCUGGCUGAGGGGGAGGGCAUCUGGCAAAUGGAAGUAUUACACAAUGUUCUUACCAUUUUUAAAAAUAACAACACACUUGGACUUUCCUCACUGAAUACAUUUGUGUUUUGUGGAAUUGUUAAAAAGAAAAUAUAAAUUAUACAAAGAAUAUAAAAUACAAAAGAAUAGGCAACUCAAAAGGGCUUCCUAUCUUUUGAAGCAUUCUGUCAAUCAAAUCUGUCUUUAAAUAGGGAAGGAUUACUGGAUUAGUGAAUUAGUAGAAAUGUUCUAAAACACCACCCUUUAUAAAGUAUUUUAUAUAAAUAGGAAUGACUUCUACAUGAAUUUGCUUGUCUUUAACCAUGAGCUUUGUAGCAAAAUAGACAUGCCCUAUUUGGUUAUGUCGAACAUUGACCAGACCUAAUGAGACAAACCCCACAUGUAUUUUGGAAUGCAUUCACUACCGUUUGCAGCUUUGUAAAAGGGGGGGGGGGCAGUGGUCUGUAAACUCUUAUUGAAAGGAACAUGUUCUCUGUUUAAGAUCUUUAAAGAACAUCUCCAGACCAGUGCGUAAGAACAUUAAUUCCCCCGAAGAGCAGAACCUUGUGCAAAUGAAUUGUGCUGGAAUUUAGAAAAAAUCUAUAUGGAUUUCAUAGAGGCCCCAUUGAUUAUAGCUCAAAUUGUUCAUGAAUACUUUGCUAAGAUGGAAAGCAAUCCAUGUUCAGUGUACCUUAACUCAAAAGUAGGUGUGGCAAGGUGGAUAUAACAACCACUUCUGCUUCAAGAAGAAACACUUUAAAGACACUGAGGAACUGAAGAUAAGUGUGAACAAUGUCUCCUCUUCAUAAAAUGAAGUUGCAUUCCAUAUUCUAAUUCUGUUUAGGUAUGAGAGGGGAGGACAAUGGCAUCUUCUGAAAAGAGGAAAGGAUUCUUCAAGUAGUCCACCUAUGUGAUAAAUGGCAGAAGGAUAGAUUAUAGUAUAAAAUAUGUAUGAAUCAUAUAAAACCAGUCUGGUGUAGUGGUUUAGAUGUUGGGCUAGAAAACAAGAAGUGGCUAUCUAGUUGUAGUUCCGUCUUGGGCAUGGAGCCAACUGGGUGACCUUGAGUCAGUUACUCUCACAGCCCUGGGAAAGAGACAGUGGCAAUCCACUUCGGAAUUCUUGCCAAUAAAAUUACAGGGAUUUGUCCAGGCAGUGGCCAGGAAUCAAAUCUGACUCAAAGGGACCCCAAAAUAUUUCAUACAGUUAAUUCCUGAUUUACUAUCUAUCAUGAUUUAUAUGAACAAAUGCCUUUGAAGUUCUUCUCUUAUCCAGUUAAGCCACCAAGGAUUCUGCUGAAUAUAGUUUGGCGGAAUAGAGCAGCUAUGGCAGAAGAGAGACCAUAUAAUGUUCUUUAGUAACCAAAUAAGUUUUUUUUUUUUUAAUUUAUAGAAUCUUAAUUCACGUGUGACUGGUAGGAUUCAAAUACAGUUUCGUAUACAAAUGCAAAUUGUGGCUGAACUAAAUAAUUCCAACUCCAUAAUUCUGUUUCUAUAUAUCUAGAUGGUCCUUGGUUUAAAUAUUGCUACAGUUACAGAUUAUUAAACAAUAUUAGGAAGCCAAAAAUCUCUCAAUUUCAUCUGAUUGAUUGAUUGAUUAUGCGCCAUCAAGUCAGUAUUGACUUUUGGGGACCAUAUUGGUAAUUUUUUUUCAAAGUUUUCCUAACUUGGUCCUUUAGGUCUUCCAAUGGUAUACUUAUCUCCACUGUAAUCAAGUCCAUCCACCUUACUGCUGGUUGUCCUCUUUUUUCCUUCCACUUCUCCCUAUUUUAGAAGCCUUCUCUAGAGAGUUAGGGCUUUACUUAGUAAAGAUAGGAUAAUUUUAGCCAGGUCAUUUGUGCCUUGAGUGAAAAUUCUGGGCUGUUUUGUUUAAUGAUCCUCCCUCCACCACCCUGCCUCAGCUGUCCAUUGUAUUCUUUUCCUACAACAGAGUUCAAAAGCAUCAAUCAGUAUCUUGUUUCUUCAAAGGUCAUUCCUUAUUAACUACAAAAUGGGAGACAAUCUUGAUCCACUUGACAAUGUUGUAAGAAUCCUUGAGAACGCAUAUGGGAUAUUUUCAUAAAUGCAUUGGUGUACAACUUGAGGCUGUAGGGUUUCAUGUACUCCACUAAGUCUAAGAUGCAGCUCCCAGUAUCCCUUCAAAAUUAAUGAAUAUACUGUACAUGGAGUGAUAACCAGUAUUUAAUUUAAUUGUAUUAUAUUAAAAGAAUUUUUUUCCUAA